GACCGUUGGAGGUGUUUCCCUUGGCUAGCGAAGAGUCGCAUAUUUCGUAGUCUCUCGGACGAGAAUCUACACAAGCAAGUUACCGCAAGUGAAAAAAGUUUCUGUCUGAUCAUCUCGUCUCGAUUAGGUAAACGACAAUGGACGCAUUUGGUGACAAUUUUGUCAACGAACCUGAUGUGGAUCCAGCAGCAGAGUUCCUGGCGAGGGAGCAGGAUCAGUUGGCUGGUUUAGAAGAUGACAUUACACCGAUGGCGGUAACUCUGGCUGCAGCUGCGGCAGGUCAAAACGAAGAUGAGCUGUCUGGGAAAUUUGGAAAUCUAAAAGUUGGACCAGGAGGCGAUGCUGAAGGCAGCUUCGAAAUUGUAGAUACCAUCGGGCAGCCUGGAGAAGCAUCAGCAUCACCGGCAGCAUCAGAACCAGCACCUCCUCCGCCAGUUAAGGAGGAACCUGAAAAGAUUAAAAAGUGGAGGGAGGAACAGAAGGCGCGUCUUGAAGAGAAAGACGCAGAGGAGGAGAAAAAGAAGGAGGAAUGGAAAGAAGCUGCGAAGAAAGAGUUAGAAGAAUGGUAUAAGCAUCAUGCAGAAGCCAUUAAUAAAACGAAGACUACCAACAGGGAGUCAGCCAAGAACGCAGAGAAGCAAUUCGUCGCAGAGGCAGAUGAGGUUGAACCAGGCACCGAGUGGGAACGCAUCGCCAAGCUCUGCGAAUUCAAUCCAAAAUCGUCCCGCACUUCCAAGGACGUUUCCCGGAUGCGUUCGAUCAUUUUGCAAUUAAAACAGACACCGCCCACUCCCAUUAACGCUUGAUUAAAUUGAAGACGUUAUCCUUGCAAUUAGACUUUGAGAAUAUGAGUUAUGGUAAAUAAGCGAAAAAAAAUGAUUAAAAAAAA